UUUCUGCGGCUCACGCUCCUCCUCCCGCUCGCCACUCACUCCCCCCGCCCUCCUCAGCCCGCCGCGGCCCGGUACCAGCGUGUGGUCCCGCCAACGGAGCGGCCCGUGCCUCGUGCUCCCGGGACGGCCGUGGUGCGCGCUUGAGGCGCGUGGCACUAGCCAUGUCGAUGGAUCAAGUGAACGCGCUGUGCGAGCAGCUGGUGAAAGCGGUGACCAUCAUGAUGGACCCCAGCUCCACCCAGCGCUACCGGCUAGAAGCCCUCAAGUUUUGUGAGGAGUUUAAAGAAAAGUGCCCUAUAUGUGUCCCCUGUGGCUUGCGGUUGGCUGAGAAAACACAAAUUGCCAUCGUCAGACAUUUUGGCCUUCAGAUCCUGGAACAUGUUGUCAAGUUUCGGUGGAACAGCAUGUCUCGAUUGGAGAAGGUCUAUCUGAAGAACAGUGUCAUGGAGCUGAUUGCAAAUGGAACACUGAACAUUUUGGAAGAGGAGAACCAUAUUAAAGAUGUUCUGUCUCGAAUUGUAGUAGAAAUGAUCAAGCGGGAGUGGCCACAGCACUGGCCUGACAUGCUGGUAGAAUUGGACACUCUUUCCAAACAAGGGGAAACACAAACAGAAUUAGUGAUGUUCAUCCUUUUGCGACUGGCAGAGGAUGUAGUGACCUUUCAGACACUACCUCCUCAAAGAAGAAGGGAUAUCCAGCAAACGUUAACCCAGAACAUGGAAAGAAUCUUCAGUUUUCUACUCAACACACUUCAAGAAAAUGUAAACAAGUACCAACAAGUGAAGACAGAUAAUUCUCAGGAGUCAAAGGCCCAAGCAAACUGUCGAGUAGGAGUCGCAGCACUGAAUACUCUAGCGGGCUACAUUGACUGGGUGUCCAUGAGUCACAUUACUGCUGAAAAUUGUAAACUCCUGGAGAUGCUGUGCCUGCUUCUGAAUGAACAGGAACUUCAGUUGGGAGCAGCUGAGUGUCUUCUCAUCGCAGUCAGCAGGAAAGGCAAGUUGGAAGACCGGAAGCCCUUGAUGGUCUUAUUUGGAGAUGUUGCCAUGCAUUAUAUACUCUCUGCUGCACAGACUGCUGAUGGAGGAGGCUUGGUAGAAAAACACUAUGUCUUCCUCAAGAGACUCUGUCAGGUGUUAUGUGCACUGGGUAAUCAGCUGUGUGCAUUGCUGGGUGUGGAAUCUGAUGUAGAAACACCAGCAAACUUUGGAAAAUACCUGGAAUCUUUUCUUGCUUUCACAACUCAUCCAAGUCAGUUUCUGCGCUCUUCAACUCAGAUGACUUGGGGAGCCCUCUUCCGGCAUGAGAUCCUAUCCCGUGACCCUUUGCUGUUAGCAAUAAUACCAAAAUACCUUCGUGCUUCUAUGACUAACUUGGUCAAGAUGGGCUUUCCUUCUAAGACAGACAGCCCUAGUUGCGAAUACUCUCGAUUUGAUUUCGAUAGCGAUGAGGACUUCAAUGCUUUCUUCAACUCCUCUCGGGCCCAACAAGGAGAGGUAAUGAGGUUAGCAUGUCGCUUGGAUCCCAAGACUAGCUUCCAGAUGGCUGGGGAGUGGCUGAAGUAUCAGCUCUCAACUUCUGUUGAUACUGGAUCCAUGAACUCUGGAACUGGAGAAGGCAGCCUCUGCUCCAUCUUCUCACCUUCAUUUGUGCAGUGGGAAGCCAUGACCUUUUUUUUGGAAAGUGUGAUCAACCAGAUGUUUCGAACACUAGAUAAAGAAGAAAUUCCUGUUAAUGAUGGAGUAGAGCUAUUGCAGAUGGUCCUGAACUUUGACACCAAGGAUCCCCUCAUCCUGUCCUGUGUCCUCACUAAUGUCUCAGCACUCUUUCCAUUUGUCACCUACAGACCAGAGUUCCUGUCCCAGGUCUUCUCUAAGCUAUUUUCAUCUGUCACUUUUGAAAUUGUUGAAGAAAGUAAGGCUCCCAGGACCCGGGCGGUGAGGAAUGUGAGGAGACAUGCUUGUUCCUCCAUCAUCAAGAUGUGUCGUGACUACCCCCAGCUUGUGCUGCCCAAUUUUGACAUGCUGUACAACCAUGUGAAGCAGCUCCUCUCCAAUGAGCUGCUCCUGACACAGAUGGAGAAGUGUGCCCUCAUGGAAGCCCUGGUUCUCAUUAGCAACCAGUUCAAGAACUAUGAGCGUCAGAAGGUGUUCCUAGAGGAGCUGAUGGCACCUGUGGCCGGCAUCUGGCUUUCUGAAGACAUGCACAGAGUGCUGUCAGAUGUUGACGCUUUUAUCGCCUAUGUGGGUGCAGAUCGGAAAAGCUGUGACCCGGGCCUGGAGGAUCCCUGUGGCUUAAACCGUGCACGAAUGAGCUUUUGUGUGUAUAGCAUUCUGGGUGUUGUGAAACGAACUUGCUGGCCCGCUGACCUAGAAGAGGCCAAAGCUGGGGGAUUUGUGGUGGGUUACACACCCACUGGAAAUCCAAUCUUCCGUAACCCCUGCACAGAACAGAUUCUGAAACUUCUUGACAAUUUGCUUGCCCUUAUAAGCAUUCUUAUUUUUUUCAGAACUCACAAUACUUUAUAUGCACCAGAAAUGCUAGCCAAAAUGGCAGAACCUUUCACAAGGGCUCUAGAUAUGCUUGAAGCAGAAAAAUCUGCUAUUUUAGGAUUACCUCAGCCUCUCUUGGAACUGAAUGACUCUCCUGUCUACAAAACAGUCUUAGAAAGAAUGCAGCGUUUCUUCUGCACCCUCUAUGAAAACUGUUUCCAUAUCCUAGGGAAGGCAGGCCCUUCCAUGCAGCAGGACUUCUACACCGUGGAGCACCUGGCCACCCAGCUGCUCAGCUCUGCCUUCGUCAACUUGAACAAUAUUCCUGACUACCGGCUCAGACCCAUGCUUCGGGUCUUUGUGAAGCCUCUGGUGCUCUUCUGUCCCCCGGAGCACUAUGAAGCCCUGGUGUCUCCCAUCCUUGGACCCCUUUUCACCUACCUCCACAUGAGGCUUUCCCAAAAAUGGCAAGUCAUCAACCAGAGGAGCCUGUUGUGUGGAGAAGAUGAAACGACAGAUGAAAACCCAGAGUCUCAAGAGAUGCUGGAGGAACAACUGGUGAGGAUGUUAACCCGAGAAGUCAUGGACCUGAUCACGGUGUGCUGUGUCGCAAAGAAAGGUGCUGACCACGGUACUGCUCCCCCUGCAGAUGGAGAUGAUGAAGAGAUGAUGGCCACAGAGGUAACCCCCUCAGCCAUGGCAGAGCUUACAGACCUGGGAAAAUGUCUAAUGAAGCAUGAGGAUGUUUGUACAGCGCUAUUAAUUACAGCCUUCAAUUCCCUGGCCUGGAAGGAUACUCUGUCCUGCCAGAGGACGACCACUCAGCUCUGCUGGCCUCUCCUCAAACAAGUGCUGUCAGGGACACUGCUCGCAGAUGCUGUCACGUGGCUGUUCACCAGCGUGCUGAAGGGCUUACAGACACAUGGGCAGCACGACGGCUGCAUGGCUUCCCUGGUCCACCUGGCCUUCCAGAUAUAUGAGGCGCUGCGUCCCAGGUACCUGGAGAUAAGAGCUGUGAUGGAGCAGAUCCCUGAAAUUCAGAAGGAUUCGCUGGACCAGUUUGACUGCAAGCUUUUGAACCCCUCUCUGCAGAAAGUGGCUGACAAGCGUCGGAAGGACCAAUUCAAACGCCUCAUUGCUGGGUGCAUUGGGAAACCCUUGGGCGAGCAGUUCCGAAAAGAAGUUCACAUUAAGAAUCUUCCCUCACUUUUCAAAAAAACAAAGCCAAUGCUGGACACAGAGGUGCUGGACAAUGAGGAGGGCGGCCUGGCCACCAUCUUUGAACCCUGAAUCAAGCUUUUGGGCAUCCUUCCUCGACCUUUAUUGUCAUCUCUUCUUCCCCUUUGUAGCUAAUCUCUAGGCCCCUCUCCACUGCCACCUCACUUUUCACCGUUGUCAGCCUGGAGAGAUCCAGGUCUGGAGCUGGAGAGAGUGGGCCCUGUGCAGGGCCAGAAGUCAUUAUGCUAAAGUAUCAAGAAAGGGAGUUAGGGCUUAUACCAUUCUGUCUAGAUUUCCCAGGUAACUCCCAUCCUACUUGGAGUUUUGCCUUUUCCAAGAGAGAAAAGCUAGAGCAGAGCGGCCCUUCCCCCCAGGCCCUCCCGCCCCCAGGCAGCCAUACACCUGUGCAGAGUGGUAACUAGGGGCGCUAUACCCGAUGCUGCAACUAGCCAGGCUUGCGGCAAGGGCUCAGCCCUGAACUACUACUACUAGUUUCUCCUGGAUCAUUGAAAGUUCCACUGAGCUCCCUUGCUGCUGGGCUGACAGGGACCUCCCCCAUCCCCCAGGGGCGUAUCUGGGUCAGGUGCUGGGUGCUGAGCUGAAUCUGGCCAGUUCCCACUUGGUUUUGAGCAAGAAUCUGGUCACCUGAUGGGAUCCAUGGUUUGAGCCACUGCUAAGCUCUGGGCACAGUAUCAAAUGUUAGUACCUUCAGGGACCAGGGCUGGGCCAGGGUCUGUAGCGCUAACAUCCCUUAGAGCUCACACAUUUUGUCCCUCCAUGAAUGACCCCUCAUUGUGGUUUCCCCAGCUCCCAGAGUCCACUCAGGCACAAGAGCCACAGUACCCUAUCUAAUGUCACGUGAUGCCGUUGGCAUUUAAGGAUAAUCCAGACCAACUAGGCUACAUCUGUGACAGCAGCUAGCAAAGCCACUGGCCGGUCUCCUCUCCUAGGACUAGCUCAGUCCAGGUGCCUUCAAAAAUCUCAUGGUCUUUCAGGGCCCUGGUCACUUCCCUCAUGGGCCAUUUCCAAAAGAAGGAAUACGCCUUCCUGUCGCAACCUGUAUUGUGAGUCUCCCGUCUGUUCUAGACAUCACUGGAUGGCCCUAUAAGCAGAGGGGACACAGAUGUGGGACUCUAGUUAAUCCAUGUGGAACCCAUUUAGAGAGUGUGUCCAUGUGCUCCCCAGAGGCCUGGGAUCUCUCCAGUCCACUGACCAGGGUUUCGGUGAGGACCGGUGGAGCAGCAUGGGCUGAAGCUGCAGCUUUUAGCUGGUGUGGCCCCCAGGCAGGGGCGGGUCAGGGAGAGGUGAAGCUGGGGAGACGACUUGGAGUCCCAUUUAGCGCUUUCUACAGCACAGACUUGGUCCGUCCCCUCUUCCUGGGUGGUGCUUUGGGCUUCUUGUCCACUGUGAAGGCCAUCUCAGCAUGUAUCCCUCCAAACUUGUUAGUUGCCUACUCUUCUCUGCAGUGGGGCUGUGGAGGGUAUAGUUGUAUUUAUUGUGUUGUAAUAUUUUUAACAUCCUGUGACUUCAUGCUAGAAGUUUUCUAUUGUUUAUAGAACAUUUUUGUAGAAACAUUAACUCUAAAGCACAUCUGCAUGUCAGUAAAAAUCUCAGUUUCAUACAGAAAGGGCCCCAUCUGUUUUUCAAACCGGUGACAUACUCCAGGGUCACUGUUCCACAUGAGCAUCUUGCUAAGGGAGCUGGACAGGAAGAACUGUGACUGGUGGGCCUGCUCUGUCAAGCUCUCUGAAAUAGCAUGCCAGCCAGAACGAGCUUUCUAUUCCUGACAUGUAGACUAGGCAGCCCUUACAUCCUCUCAGUGUUGUCACUGGUGGCCAUGGACCUAACCCAGAGGGGCUUUCCAAGGGGAACUGCUGUUCCUCCUUGUGGGGCUCGUGAGAGUAAUGUGACAUGACUGCCACAGAGCACCAGUGUUUUCUCUCAGGAACUUCUGGUAUCCAGGAAAUAGGUUAAGCAGCACAUAGUAUUUUUCUGUGCUCAGGCUGUGCCCCCAGAAAUCACCUCAUUUGGCAUUUCUCAUGAAGCUUAAGAGGGACUUGGCCCUGACCUGCAGUGAUGUCUGAGCCCAAUG